AUGCCCAUCACACAGGAGAAUGCCCUGAGCCACCUGGCCUUGCUUGAGCGCUGGCUGGGGGAGCAGGGACCACCAGCGCCGCCCGGCGAAGAGCCACCGUGCCGGGCGGCCGUGCACAAGCUGGCCGCGUACAUCCAGCUGAACUUUGCCGAGGAGGAAGCCGGCGCAAGGGCGGCCGAGGUGUCAGAUGCAGACGUGCAGGCUAUCUGUCUCACCAGACAGGAGGGGGACACCGCCGAUUUCGGGCUCAGCUUCGGCAACAUCCCUAUUUUUGGGGACCCGGAUGGCAAGAAGAAAGGGGGGCGGCGGAGACGCAGGAAGGGGGACAGGGGUCCCGUGCUGGAAGUGGGCUGCAUUUGGGUGACAGAGGUGAAGAAGAACAGCCCCGCUGCCCGCUGCGGGGGCAUCAAACUGCGGGACGAGCUGCUGUCACUCAACGGCCAGCUCAUGGUGGGGGUGGACGUCAGCGGAGCCAGUUACCUGGCUGACCAGUGCUGGAAUGGCGGCGUCAUCUACUUGAUCAUGCUGCGUCGGAUCAAACGCAAGGCCCCUCUCCCUCCCUGCAGCGGUGGCGUUGGAACCGGUGACGGCGGGGCCAUCGCCGAGCACCGCCACAGCGUCUCGUUUGAUUCCGGGGGCGUCCCCACCCAGAAUGGCAAGCGCACCCGCAAGCUGGGGGUGGUGUCCCGCUGCUCCCUGCCCCGCGCCCUCUGGCUGGAGAACGGCUACGGCUCCUCCGCCGAGACGGAGCCCCCAUCUCCGGAUGUGGAAGGCCUCGUGGACACGUGCUCGGAAGCAGGGUCCGUGGUCUCCCGGUCCCUAGGUGCGCUUGGCGAUGGAGACGCCCCCCUACCCGCCGACCACCCCCGCCUCCGGCAGUCUGAGAGCUGCAGGACCGAGUCCCUGAGCAGUGAGCUGUCCGCUCAGCUCAGGGAAGGAAGUCGGAUCUGGAAGAUGCACAUGGUGAAGGGGCAGGAUGGACUGGGAAUCCAGAUCACGGGGGGCCGGGGUUCCAAGCGCUCUCCUCACGGCAUCAUCGUGGCCCACAUAGAGGACGGAGGAGCCACCCAGAGGGACGGCCGUCUGAAGGUGGGCGACGAGCUGCUUAUGGUCAACGGGCAGUCCCUGGUGGGACUCUCGCACCAGGAAGCUGUGGCCAUCCUGCGCUCCACUGCCGGACUAGUUCAGCUGGUGGUGGCCAGCAGGGAGGAGUCCGACGUCGACUUUCUCAAGUACCCCUCCACCAGCCUGCCGGACCUUGUGAGCACGUGCUCGACGCAGGGUGCGGCGGCGCCCCCCGAGGACGGCCAGGACGGCACGCAUUCGGAAGCAGGGGACGUGCCUCCCGUCAGCCGCUGUCCGACGGCCCGGCCCACGUUUGCAGAAGCAGAUAAAGUUGAAGAGGCGGGACACGCCGAAGGACCCAAGUCAGCCUGCCGCAGCCCGACGACGGUGAAAUUCCGAAGUCGAUCCCAAGGAGGAAGCUGGCGGUUACAAUCGGUCGGCGAGAACGACGAGCUGGUCGUGGAGAACGGCGAUUCCGUGUUUGACAUGGCGGACAAGGGGGUGGUGCGCGGGGUUCGAAAGCACUCGCUACCCCAGCAGCCCGACGCCGUGGGACUUCGUCAGGAAUAUCAAAUCAAGAAGUCGGCGCGCUCCCUCAGCACGGUUCAAGUGGAGUCGCCAUGGCGACUGGCCCAUCCAUCUAUUAUCUCCAACAUUGUCCUGAUGAAAGGUCAGGGCAAGGGCCUCGGAUUCAGUAUCGUUGGGGGACAAGACUCUGCCCGUGGACGCAUGGGGAUUUUCGUCAAGACCAUUUUCUCCAACGGGGCGGCAGCUGCGGACGGGAGACUGAAGGAGGGGGAUGAGAUUCUCGAGGUGAAUGGGGAGUCUCUUCAAGGCCUCACUCACCAGCAGGCCAUCCAGACCUUCAAGCAACUGAAGAAAGGUGUCGUGACCCUGACGGUGCGCACACGUCUGCGCAGCCCCAGCCUCGCACCCUGGCCCAAGCCUAUCCUGCUAAGCCACUCGGGCCCCCAGCAGUGCGGUGCCGAAGGGGGGGCGCUCCCGGCAGCGGGGGCUGAAGAUGGGGACGCGGCCCCCCGCAAGGGACCCGGACCCAAGGACCGCAUCGUGAUGGAGGUGACGCUUCAUAAAGAGGAGGGUGUUGGGCUCGGGAUCGGGGCCUGCUGCCUCACGCCGGAGAACAGCGCGCCCGGCAUCUACAUCCACAGUUUGUCCCCGGGGUCCGUCGCCAAGAUGGACGGGAGGCUCAGCCGUGGCGACCAGAUCCUUGAGGUGGACUCCGUGAGCCUCCGGCACGCGGCCCUCAGCGAGGCCUACGCCAUCCUGAGCGAGUGCGGCCCCGGCCCGGUUAGCCUCAUCAUCAGCCGGCACCCCAACCCAAAGGUCUCGGAGCAAGAGAUGGACGAAGUGAUCACGCGGACGACGCACAGGGAGCGAGAGUCGAGGGACGCCGCCUCCUCACACACGCUCGUCCAUUCAAGCAAAAGUCUGCCUUCCACGGUGACGGGCAAAAAGAGCGAUGGAUCUUCGCCACUCAGUUGGACGAUGAAACGAUUCCUGGAGCCGGCGAGCCGGGCGUCUCUCAGCUCGGAAAGUGAGUUCUCCCAGUACUUCCCGCACGAGCCACCCAGCCCGACCGACGUCAUGGCGACGAACCCCACCGGCUAUGCCUGCAGGGACGCACCCUGGGUGGGCCUGGACCGCGGCCAUCUGAACCGGCUCCACGAGACGGUGCGUCAGACAAGCGUGGACAGCAGCCCCGGGUCGGUGCGGAGCCCCCUCGCCCGCCAGCACCGCAUCUCCUUUUGCGAGGAUGACUGCAGCGACUACGGCAGCGAUCCUCCGCCCGCCGAGGGGAACGGCGCUUUUUACCGGGAAGCCCGACCGACGGGAGAUGAGGACAAGGGCGCCGGCGAGGAUGACUCGGGCAUUGGGAUCGCCGCAUCUCCGGUCGAGGUCAACGAGGAGGGCCGGGACGGCGGCGAGCAGAGGAGCGAAGCGUCCACUCCGCUCUAUGGUGGAUCCGUCGGGUCGGAGGAGGCGCACUUCCUUCCCACCUCCGACUCGGACCGCGGAGGCGCCAACGUGGCGGGUGACCCUGGUCCUGGUGAGGACCCCCCGUAUAACAGGCAGCCUGAACCCAGGCAUUCCCCCAGACUUGAGGUGAAAAAUGUCAAGAGCCCGAUGGGCCAGGAGCAGCCCAGCCAGCCACCGUCCACCCAGCACCCCGAAGGGCAGGAGCCGCACCCUCUGCCCACCCGCACGACCCCAUGUCCUACCGGCUGCCCACUGCCCCACUGCAGCAAAGGGGAGGCGAGUGAGCUGGCUGGUGUCUUCACCAUCGAGACCGUGGUGCUGACGAGAGCUGAAUCGGAGUCCUUCGGCUUGGACCUGGAGAUCAAGUCGUGCCCCCUGAAGGUGCUGGUCACAGGGCUGCGGCCAGGAGGGGCAGCAGAGAGGGAGUCCAUGGGCAAGAUCUGCGUUGGGGACGAGAUAGUGAUGAUAGGGGACGUUGACGUCUCCGUUUCCUCCUAUCGAGAGGUCUGCGAGCUCAUGCACAACCUCCCAGUGACCCUCACUUUAGAGCUUAAAAAGCCAGUUUCGGCUACAGAACGACUGUCUAGUCUGAUGAUAUCAUCAGGCCGUGAUGGGAUUCCUAGAACGGAGAUCUCCAAAACUCCAUCUGAGGAUACUGACAGCAACCAGAAGGACAAAGACAGCAAAUAUGUAGGAAAGUCUACUGUGGAGAUGAAUCCAGAACCCAAAGAUAGAAAUGCUGUGACCAGCACUGAUGAUUUUAUACCAGAUUUAAAGUCACCAGAGGCUGUUCCAAAAAACAACGAUGGAGAUGUUUGUUUGAGUUUACAUAGUGACAGUACUGCCUACGAGCCAGGUAGUAACUUGGUAGGAGUUGAUGGGACUGAUUGUGAUAAGUCUUCACCAAGACCAGAUGUUCUGGAUUUCCCAGUUUUAGAUCCAGGAAACAAAAGUUUGCUACUCCCUGCAGAUAAAACAUUUUUGAACAAUUAUUCUAGAAAUUUCAGUAAUUUGAAUGAAGAGGACACCUCUGUAUCCAGUUCUGAUGUUGAGGACAGACACCGUUGUGUCUUGCGCUCCAUGUACAGUCUGCUGGAGAGUGAUUCAGAGAGCGAUUCUGCUGCUGAACCUGCUGGCAAGACAAAUGCUGCACAGAAUGCCGAUCAAGACUGUACUACGAAUGAGGUGACAGACUCUGAGGAAGAAGUGGUGGAAAUAUGUCACUUUGAAUUUGAACCCUCUGACUCUUUCACUCAGAAUAUGAAACAAAAAUUCAACAACGGGCCUUCAAAUUCACCUUCUCAGCACAUGAACCGAGACUGCCGUAGUGUAAAGGAAGUGGAUUCCAUGGAUGUGGGACCGGAGGACCCUCUACUGCCUUUACAGGAUAAGAUCUCCCCAAACCCCACUCCUUCCUGCCAAACAGACCAAGCACUGAACUUGCAACUGUGUAAACCUCAGGAAACCGAGUGCCCUCCCGCACCAUCCUGCUCCAGAGAACUGAGCCCUGAUCCAGCUAAUUUUUCAGUAUCUCCCAAAAAGGAAUCAAAAUCCCCAACUCCUCCGCUCAUGGGUAUCUUUUUCCCACCGAUGAAAGAAAACAACAGACGAGAGGAGAAAACAGCAUGUCAAUCCUCCAAGCACAUUAUGUCAAUUCCCAGUGCGGGGACAACAGACAGCUGUGAGAACAGUGUUAGCAAGUCAGGCAAUGCGAUGGUCCAGCACCUGACUCCAUGUAUGACAGCUCAACUGAAGGAAUUGCUGUCCUCGCCUAAAUCCUCGGAUCAGUGUUUUUCAUCCAAACCAGCAGCAACAGAAUCAACGGAUCCCCUUCGAGACAACAGCAAGGCAUCCAGAAGUGUAUCGUCUCCUUUAACAUCAAAUGGCAAGGAAACGGAGAAUCCUCAAAUUUCUGAUGAUUCCAAACGGUGUGUACCCCAGACAAAAAUCAAUUCAACUGUACACUUGUCCACGAGACCAGAGAGCAGUUCACCGAAAAACGGCAACAGCACGUUGUCUGUAUCCAACAGCAGCCUCAGACAUCAACACAUAAUGGACAACACAAUGACCUCUUCACCCAAGCUGAUGGCUACUAUUAUUAAAAGCAAAGAUAGCACAGAAGACCAAACUGUCAUGAAACAAUCCAAAGUUGAAAGCUUUGCAAAGAAGACAACCUCAGUUUCAUGUCAGUCACCCAACGUCCAAACUAAGGAAGUGCUAUUAGUAAGCGGAGAGCCAGGGAAAAGUACCACAACGUGUCUGGACUCAUAUAACCGUCAAAAAAAUAUGGCUGUAUUCAAGUCGGACAACUUACCUUGGGAAAAUAAAAAGUUACUGGUGGAUUCUUCACACAUAGUACCUGUUGGAGAUAAAGAAAAAGAUUGCAAAGCUGACAAAACACGGGGAGGUCUACAGCCUUCUCAGAAGAAAUUAUCUGAAGCUUUCUCAAAGCCCAAGGAUGGGCUGAAACUAAGGCCCACUCAGCGGAGUUUCAUUGAGGUGCGACUCUCAUCUCCACCCUCCUCUUCAGUGUCCACCCCUGUUUUGAGACCAAAGGGAAUUCGAGAGAAAGUUGAGACCAACUCCAGCUCAUCCCAUACAGCUGGGGAGGGCCACCUGUCACCAAAGAAUAAUUUCUCAGGGAAUACUGAGAGCUUUGCAUUAUCUACAAUUACUGGAAACUGUCCGAAGGAAUCUAAAACCCCUCUUGGAAUGCCAAAGUCUGGGAGUAAUGUGGGUAUAGAUCCACCAGUGGUACCACAAAAAAACAAUGCUGGCCAAAACAACAAUGAAGUACAAAACAAAGAGUUCAAAACCGAUACCAUAACAGAGAAAGGUGAACUAACCAAGGCCAUCCAGACUAUGCCAGUAAACAAAGACUUCAAUGCCAAUAACAUAAUGGAGAAAAGUGAAAAAUUCAUGGUCGGCCAAACCAAGCCCCAUCAUCUCAAGCUGACACGUCGAAGUUACUCCACGGACACUAAUGGAUCCCUAGAUCCCAACUCUUCUGUACGGCAAAGGAUCAAGUCCUUUGAGAAUCUGGCCAGCUUUGACAAGACCGUCAUCCGAUGCAUUGAGAUUCAGUCCUAUGCAUCCAAACCUCCAUUGAACAGGAGGUUUUCUGGUUACGUAGCAUCUGGGAGCUCUCACUCGUUUGACAGUCGGUCCUUUAGGAGGAGCAUAAGUGCCUCCUCUUCGACCCCCAGUCGAGAUCCUCUUGUGCUAGAGAAGGCUGUGGAUGUUACUCCUGAGGUGGAACCAGGCCACAUGCCGCAGACACCCCCCGUGGUGCGGAGCAGGGCAGUCCGAGGUCGUUCCAACCUCUCUCGCUCUCGAUUGAGGGAGGUGAGGGCGCUGAGUAUGCCUGACCUAGACAAACUUUGCACUGAAGACUUUUCCAAUGAGUCGAGCAUGGCUACUUUCAAAACGGAGCUUGAGGUACGGCCCCGGAAAGCUGCAGAAAUCCUACCAGAUCCCCCGGAUAGUCCAAAUUCCACAGCCUCCAAUAAUUCUGACCUCACUGUUGUGGGGCUGAACAGGAAGUCGGUACCUGAGCUGGUGAUUGAUGAAGAUCCUGCUCAGAACAAGACUAGUGACCAGCAGACUCCCGACAACUGGUCUACCAGUUUAAGUGAGCUGUGUAUGUCCCCCAUGGUCCAGCGCAAGGUCCAGGAUAUUCUGAGCUCCCUGAACCCUAAAGCAGAAUUGACUCAAGACAUCAAGGUGAUGGCUAAGGAUAAAGAAGAUAUUCAUUUUGUGGUCUUAGCUAAAGAAGAAGGCUCUGGCCUGGGUUUCAGCAUUGCUGGGGGAGUGGACUUAGAGCAGAAAUCAGUCACGGUCCAUCGUGUCUUCUCCAGAGGAGCAGCUGCUUUGGAAGGUACCAUCCAGAGGGGGGACAGCAUACUGUCUAUCAACGGCACUCCUUUGGGAGGGACCACGCACGGCGAGGCCUUGUCCUGCCUCCAUAAGGCUCGGCUGCCCAGAAAAGCCCUGGUUGUAAUCCAGAGGGGAAAGGAAGCGGAGCCCCCAUCCCCCCGACAUACCCUACCCAGCAGGACAGGGAAGCCUGGGUCCACAAGAGACCUUCCAGUGGAGACAGGACCAGCUAUGGAGGUGGGUCCUGACGGAGCACUCUGUGUGGCUCUCCAGAAGACCUCUGCAGGCCUGGGUUUCAGCCUGGAAGGGGGGAAAGCCUCAGCACAGGGGGACAAGCCCCUCAUUGUCAAGCGCUUGUUCAAGGGUGGCGCUGCAGAGCUCUCGGGUGUAGUUGACACCGGAGACGAAGUCCUGGCCAUCAAUGGCCGACCACUGCAGGGGCUCAUGCACUAUGACGCCUGGAACGUUAUCAAGACUGUUUCCGAUGGCGCGGUGCAGUUGGUCAUACGGAAACCCAGGACUUCAGUAUGACCGUGGGAGCGCUUCUGGUCGAGCAGUGUGGAACGGAGAGAACCAAGGUCUUUCUACUGCAGUAAAUCCAGAGAGGAGGUGUGAAGCCUCCUCCUCCUCUUCCCUUAUGUGGAAGACCAGUGCUCUUGAAAUACAUUAUAUAAGCUUUUCCACUGUAUAUGUUUUUCUCCACCACAGCAGAACACAGCUUAAUCCUUCACAUGGAUCACAUUAUGAUUUACUACAGUAAAAGGAGAAGUUCACUUUUGUUCCCAAUAACAGCCUGUGUGUGUGUGUGUGUGUGUGUGUGUGUGUGUGUGUGUGUGUGUGCACGCGCGCGCGUG